CUAAAAGCUGUGCUGCAUACCGAAGGACUCUAGCGCAAGAGGGAAAAAAACCCGUUUUUGCCACGAUAAGACCAACUUCCCCUCCUCAACACCUCAUCUGUUUAACACAGAGCAAUGUCACUGGUGCAGCAUGUUUCUGUCAUUGACGGUGUUGAUCGCGAACCCGAACCAGACCUAGUUGAUGAAUGCGACUUCGCUCCCAUACGCCGAAAAAUCAGCUACGAUGUUCUCCAGCCGCCGACCGACGCUAUCCCGGUCGCAGAAACGCGGCCUGGAACACCAGCUUACAAACAUUCCCCUGCAAAGAGAAUAGCCCAGGUCGCCGUCGCUGUGCUCGCGUGCUGGAGCGCGUCGGGGAUCGUGUUUGGCUUUGCGGCACUCAAGCCUGUCCUUGUUGAGGAAGGCGUUUAUCACGAGCGUUGCACUCCUGCCGAAAUAGAUGAAGGGCUUGAGCUGUGCGCACAGCAGGACCUUAGACUCAACCUGUUCUUCACUAUUGCUUCAAUAACAGCCAAUGUCUCCGCUCUUCCAGUUGGGACGAUCUUGGAUCGAUGUGGAUCACGUGUGUGCUGGUUCAUUGCUUGCCUGCUUCUUGCUGUCGGCGGUGUCAUCAUGGCCUUUGCAUUCCAUGAACCCGGCUUCGAUGGCUAUAUUGCGGGGAAUUUCUUCCUCGCUCUGGCUGGCACCUUUUUAUUUGUUCCCUCGUUCCAGAUCGCGAAUGCGUUCCCCAAAUAUGCGGGGUCAAUCGUCGCGCUGGUGACUGGUGCAUUCGAUGCUUCUGCUGCUGUGUUUCUCUUCUACCGGCUCAUAUAUGAGGCGUCGGGCAGAUCUUUCACCCCGGAUAAGUUCUUUCUGGGCUAUCUGAUAGUCCCCGUGUAUAUCUUCAUCGCCCUUGUGACCAUAAUGCCGGCGCGCGACUAUGUCUCGACCCUGCAAUUGGAAAACAAGAUAGAAAUGGCCGAAGAUGCCACACGCGACGUUCACGACUCCGACGAUGAAAUUGAGAGUACGUCGGAGCUAAACCGGGUGCGGAAGAAGCGAGCGGAACGACGUCAGAAGAAGAUACGUCAGAUCAAUGCGGUGCUCGGUGAUAGAGAUGAGCGGCAGAUGCGUGCGGAACGGGAAGAGGAUCGCCAGCAGACGAGUUCGGUUUGGGGUGUAAUGCACGGCCUGCCGGCGCACAGGCAGAUGGCUACGCCCUGGUUUAUCCUCAUUACGCUGAUGACUGUUUUGCAGAUGAUUCGCAUGAAUUACUUCAUCGCGACGAUUCGCUCGCAGUAUGAGUACAUGCUUGGGUCGAUCGAGGAGGCAGAUAAGAUAGGUGCCUUUUUCGACGUCGCACUGCCGGUCGGGGGUGUUCUCUUCACGCCCGCGAUUGGGUAUCUGCUUGAUCGCCUUAGUGUGCCAACGAUGCUUGGGGUGAUUGUGCUUUUCACCACGGUCAUUGGUGUGCUGAACUCCAUCCCGGCAGUGUGGGCUGGUUAUAUGACUGUUGUGCUCUUUGUCUUACUCCGGCCUCUCUAUUACUCGGCCAUGUCUGAUUAUACUACCAAAGUCUUCGGCUUUGCCACGUUUGGGCGUGUGUACGGUGCCAUAAUUUGCCUCUCGGGAAUCGCAAACUUCUCUCAGUAUGGGCUCGACGCAUUGACGCAUCAUACGUUUGAUGGAAACCCAAUUCCAAUCAAUGCUGCCUUGGCAGUUGCGGGAUUCAUUGUUGGAACAGCGCUCGUGAUCUUUGUUUUCGUGUCUGUGAGACAGCUGAGAGAGCAGGGUCGGGUGGAUGAGGAAGAACGCGAGAGACUUCUUCUGGAAGAGGAUGAAGAAGAGGACGAAUACGAGGAUUAUGAAAGUUACCGUUGAUCGAAUAGCAGUUUUAGGGGGUUGAGCCGAGGGAUUAAAAAAAAUUGAAAUUAAUUCACAGUAUG